UGCAGCAAAAUGGUCCAGAGGGAUAAAGAUCUGUGCGUGGGCCGGAAGAAAUUCAACAUGGACCCUACAAAGGGGAUCCAGUACUUGACCGAGCACAAGGUGCUGUCCUCAGACUUGCGAGAGAUCGCCAGGUUCCUCUACAAGGGAGAAGGCCUGAACAAGACAGCCAUCGGGGAUUACCUGGGAGAGAGGGACCCAGCAAACCUGCAGAUCCUUCAGGCCUUUGUGGAAUGCCACCCGUUCGCCAACCUCAACCUGGUGCAGGCACUAAGGCAGUUCCUGUGGAGCUUCCGGCUGCCCGGGGAGGCCCAGAAGAUUGAUCGGAUGAUGGAGGCCUUCGCCAACUGGUACUGCCAGUGUAACCCGGGAGUCUUCCAGUCGACAGAUACGUGCUACGUGCUCUCCUUCUCCGUCAUCAUGCUGAACACCAGCCUGCACAACCCCAACGUGAAGGACAAGCCCCCCUUCGAGAGGUUCGUGGCCAUGAACCGAGGCAUCAACAAUGGAGGGGACCUGCCUGAAGAGCUCCUGCGGAAUCUGUUCGAGAGCAUCAAGAACGAGCCAUUUUCCAUCCCGGAGGAUGAUGGCAAUGACCUCACGCACACUUUCUUCAACCCCAGCCGUGAGGGCUGGCUCCUUAAACUGGGAGGCCGGGUGAAGACCUGGAAGCGCCGUUGGUUCAUUCUGACUGACAACUGCCUGUACUACUUUGAAUACACCACGGAUAAAGAACCUCUGGGGAUCAUCCCCCUGGAGAAUCUAUCGGUUCGGAAAGUGGAAGACCCCAAAAAGCCAAACUGCUUCGAGCUCUUCAAUCCCAACUGCAAGGGGCAGAAGAUCAAAGCUUGCAAGACAGACGGGGAUGGGAAGGUGGUAGAAGGCAAGCACCAGUCCUACAAGAUCUCGGCAGCCACGCCAGAGGAGCGCAACCUGUGGAUUGAGGCGAUACGGACCAGCAUCACCCAGGAUCCCUUCUAUGACCUGGUCUCAGCCCGUAAGAAAAAGAUUGCCAGCAAAAACUGA